AUGAGCGGUGAUAAAUAUCCUGUUGAAGGACAGGAAAUGUCCCCUUCAAAGAGGGAAAUCCAACCAUCUGCCGGCGGCAAGGCCGCUCCCGAGAAAGACGCAGUCGCUCGAAUUGAAUUAAAUACCAGAGAAGAACCAAAUGCCACCGAAACAUCGGCAUCAUCUUCUGGUACAUCUUUGCUCGGUGCAUUGUGGUCUCCAUUUAGUUCGUUACUGAAGGGGACGACAGACCAGAACCAGAAUCAAGAGUCUGGCACGAACCAAACAUCGGAUCAAAAUGGAAAACUCCCAGGACGAAUUCAGAGUCCGGAAGUAACGCUUGUUGGGAAUUCUGAAGGAGAUACCAUGGCAAAAACGGCAGCCAACACCGGCAACAAGAAUGCGAGAAAACCAGUUCAGGCUACAACUCCCACGGAGGAAGAGACAUCCCCACCGGAGGCAUACUACGCGCCAAAUGAAGUGCCGCUAUUCAAGAAACUCCAAAAGAAGCGAUUAUCAGGCACCCGCACAAAACAACUCCUCCGUGCUGCGUCGCGCGCACAUGACGAUCCCCCGCCCCCGCCCGAGCUGGGAACAUGCUGUGGAAGCUCCUGCGACCCGUGCGUGAAUGAUAUUUGGAAAGAAGAGAGAGACGUGUGGAGAGAGAGAUGGGGUGAUAGAGCAGUGGAGGGUGACGGGAAGAGGAAAGAACUAGAAUGGUAA